UCGUAUCGCCGCCGUCUCGUAACCGUCUGUCAUAGGUAAGUUUCUGCUGCUCCACCUCUGUGUUUUAUAAACUGUUGUUGCAGUCGGUGAAUUCUCCUGCUCAAUUUUAUUGAUCUGCUUCCAAAAUCUAUGGAUAGUUUAGUAAAAGGUUCGUGAUUGCACUUUGUUCUUUAGGUUUCUAGUUCGCAUGAUGAUGCAUAUAUUGAAAUGAGAUAUGAUCUUUACUCUUGACUGAUGUAGGCAAACUCAAAAAAGUAGACAAAUGAGUCGUUGACGCUGCUUACUUUUGCAGAACUCGACUCGCGCGGGCCUCCCCCAUCCCCCAAAUCUAUUAUACCUAAAAAUUAUUUAAACAUUUGAGUACAAAUGCAAACAAAUGAAUUUUGAUUGAUCUCUGUCUUUGUGAUUCACGAGCAGCUCCUGCCCCGAUUAGUUAAUCUGUUCUCCCGAUUUUUGUAAUCGGUGUUGUAAGAAGAAAGCUUCACAUCGAGGACAAAGAUCCUGUUUGGUCAGUACACGGUCGUUUGAUUUCUCAGCGGCAUCCUUUGUCCGAAACAAUGGAAGAAGCUCAUUCAGUGAACAGUCCAAGGCGGGUUCUUAGCUUCUCCAAGAGAAAGAAGCAAAAGCCCUUCGGUUUCCAGGAUUCAGACAGCACAAGGUCAUCUCCGUUCAGAGCAUCACAUGUUCAGGGACCUAAACCCUCUGAGGUGUAUGGUUUUGUAGGCUCCAUCUCUACCGUUGUUGCCACAUUGAUCUUCUUGAUAUGGGCUUAUGUACCUGAUAAACUGUUGGAGUCUAUAGGGAUCCAUUACUACCCAAGCAGGUACUGGGUGUUGGCUAUGCCCACGUACCUGAUGGUGACUUUGCUGCUAGGUUUGGCGUUUUACAUUGGUCUCAACUUCAUCGCCACUCCACACCCUACCUCUCUCAAUACCUUGUUUGAUGAGUAUAGUCGAGAGCCUGGGGAAAUUGAUUCUCAGAUGGAGGAAGGGGACGAGAGGCCUAUAGAUCCAAUCUCUGACAUUGAUAUUACAAGAAUCAAUGAUCUUAUGUUCAACUCAAGUGAUGUCAUGUGAUAUUUUUGCUUAGAUUCUUUAGAAGCUAAAACAAUCUAGCUUUUGAUUUAGUGAUGUAAACUGGAACUGUUACCAUGUUUUUUUUCCUAAUCUUCAUCAGUAAGAGCGGCUCUUUGUGACUCUAGAGGAAACAUCAACAAAUAGGUUUUUUUU